AUUAUCUCCGCCACGAUGAAGGUUCUGUUCGUGUGCAUAGGCAACACCUGUCGCUCGCCCAUGGCGGAAGCUGUCCUGAACCAUUUGAUAGUGAAACAUCAACUGGAGGACUGGCAUACGGACAGUGCGGGCCUCAGGGAUUGGAAUGUAGGCAUAGAGGCUCAGGGACGUGGCCAAGAACUGCUAAAGCAACAUGGUCUGAAGACAACACACUUGGGUCGAAUGAUAACGUCGCAAGACUUCUACGAAUUUGAUUACGUUCUUGGCAUGGACAACAGCAACCUGUCGGAGCUUCGCCAAUUGGCAGCAAGGCUAGAGCCUCCACCUCAGUGUAAGAUAAUGCUGCUGGGCAGCUUUCUGGGCCGCAAGGAAGAUGAGAUCAUUCCGGAUCCAUACUUUACACAAGGCAUGGCUGGCUUUCAUGCUGCCUAUUUGCAGAUCCAGGAGAGCUGCGAACGAUUUGUCCAGCAGCACACAAGAAAAGAGAAGGAUCUGUUGGCGGGCUCUCCAUAAAGUCAGUCGGUUCCCCCAUACAAUGAGUUAUUUUCAGAGGCUUGGAUGGAUUAAAAAAUCGAUGCUUUACACAUAAA